UGAGAGUUUGAUUUUGCUGGAGGUAGAAGUUAACAUUCAUUGUGCUUUUAAAUCUUCAAAACAUGAUUGAAAUAGGCAUACUAAUAUUGGUGACCAUAGCUAAGGGGGUGCUGGUGACAAGGAAAAGAGACAAGAAAUAUAAUGAUGAAAACCUCCAAAAAUGCCCUCCACCUAUGGAUCUGACAGCUGACUCCCAUAUGAAUCCCAUCCUAUAUCCCAGUGCCACUUCAAAAUUGAAAGUUGCAGCUUCGGAAAAGGGACUCCUGUGGGCACUCGAGGGACCCGACAAAGGAAUACAUAACAGAUGUACCCCUAAGAAAGUGCGUACAUGGUACGAAAUCUGUAUGGACUAUGAGGGAGACAAUGCGAUUGAAUGAAAAUAAGACAGUUAUUUAUUAUUGUGGGGACAAUAAGGAUAGUAAUAUACACAUACCGCUACAUCUGCGAAAUAUAUGUAUAUGAUUGUGCUCUUGAAUACUGUGUUUAAUCGAA